UACAACCACCUGGACGUGGAGACAGCAGCCACGGACAACUGGCUCGUGUUCUUCAAGCUGAGCCCGACCGUCAUUACCCCGGACAACCUUCACUCCAACAUCCUCGUCUCCUCUCUGCUGGAUUCUCCACUGGACACUCUCUAUCACACCCUCCAGAAGGUAUAUUCUCCAGUUCUACUGCGAGACGAGCGGUGGAGUCGCUCGGUGGACCCGAAGAUACAGUCCCUGCUGGGAGACCUGGAGGCGGGGCUCGGCACCGCUCUCCGCAGGUUCGGAAAGAUCGGGAUCUCGGUCCCUCACACGACAGGCGAGGCCGACGAGUCCUCCCAACUGUCCACCAUCCUCUGUCCAUCGGAUGAGUUCCAGUUCUGGGCAGAGGCUGCGCUGUCGGAGGCGAAGCUGGCCCAGCGAGAGAGGGGACAGCGAUUCCAGGAACUGUUUCAGCCAGUCACAGCCAAGUUUGCUAAUCUGGACUCCCUCUCAUUCUCAGAGGCCUUGGAGCUGGUCGAAGUGUGUCAGGACACUCUGGACGAUGUGUGGAAAGAGACUGAAUUUGAUCCUCCCUACCCUGAGAACAGAAUGAAACAUUUGCUGGAGGUGAUCAGUGACUCGUUUGCAAGAUUCGUGCAGCGCAAGUUGCACGGGUGUGAUUUAUGGAUGGGCCAGUUCAGUCAGGUCAGGACGCGAGUCCAGGAUGGGUUGAUGGUGUGCGAUAAAUGGAGCUCUGCUGCGGAGGCUCUGACAGUGCAGUAUUGGAAGCAGUACGCUCUGCACAGAUGGAGAGGAGGAGCCUUUGUCUCUGGCUCUCUCUCACAGCUCACCCUGCGAUUGGAAGAGGUUCUGAGUUUGCGGUCGGUACACGAGCAACUCCUUCACCUCCUGUCACCCUCACAGCAACAGCAGCUCAACCUUACUGCCUCGUUCUCCCCUUUCACUGGGCUGGACCCGCUGCAGUACAACCCCUACACUGAGCCACUGUGGAGAGCUGCAGUGGCUCAGUAUGACAGAGGAAUGGUGCCUGCAGAGUCCAGCAUAGCCGGGAAACUGAGGAGCAGGUUCCACCAGCUGGAGGCUCAGCCACACCAGCUCCUGCAAGAGUUUCAACGUUACAAGGAACUUGUGAAACGACCGACCAUUAGCAAAGAACUAAUGCCUGAAAGGGAAACUCUUCUUGGGCAGCUAACCAGCUACCUCCGCUCCCUGAGAGACACGUACACUAACCUCUCCUCCUCACACCCUCACAUCCCAUCGUCACACCCUCACCGAGACCCCGCCCAGCUGGCAGCGGCAGAGAAAUUGGCCCCACCCACUGGGAAGAACAUGCCUGUAGUCGUGAAUAACAUCAUCUGGACCAGACAACUUGAGGCCAAGGUGUCUGAGACUAUAUCAACUGCUGAGGCUUUGCUGGGAGACCUGAGUGGGUUCCAGUCGUUCUGUAACGAGGGACGUGGUCUGGGGGAGGAGCUUCGGGAGUACCAGAGAGAGCAGUUGGACCAGUGGUCCAGACAGACUCUGGCUGCCAUUGACCAUCCCUCUGAACCUCUCAGUCUGGAGACCAGUGGCAGACUAAUGGAGUUUGACGGGAGAGACGGGAAACUGAGGGUCCACUACAGCGACCGGCUGGUGGCUCUCCUGAGAGAGGUGAGGCAGCUGUCGGCCCUGGGUCUGAGUCUCCCGACAAAGAUCAUCACCACUGCUCAGACUGCACGCAAGUUCUACCGCCACGGAGUCGUCCUAAAACAGGUGGCUCAUUUCUACAACACCAUAGACCACCAAAUGCUCCCCAGUCAACAGCCUAUGAUGCUGGACACUGCUCUGGCAUUCGAGCGCCUCAUCAAGAACCCCAAGGCCGGCAAUGCCAGGACUAAACCCAGAGGGAAGGAGGGAGAGGGAGGAGUCCAGAUCACGUGGGACAGCGUGGAGCAACUGGAGGAGUACACCGGGAGGUUGAGGGCUGCGGCGGAGAAACUUACCUCGGAGAACAGGCGGCUGCGGAGGUGUCACGCUGACCUGGUGGCCAGAGUUGGAGCUGUGAUGAGUGUCGAUCUACUGAGACAGCCUCAGAGGUGGAAAGAUCUACUGAUGGACAUCCGACACACGAUGGCCAGCCUCAUCCAGGAGGGGUUCAACGCUGGUCACAUGAGGUCGUGGAGACUUCACUGGGACCACCAGCUCUACAAGGCCCUAGAGCACCAGUACCAGCUGGGACUGGAGGCCCUCAGCGAGCACCUCCCUGAGAUCAAGGUCGAGAUGAUCUUCAGGCACCAGAGGUUGCAGUUCCGACCAAGUCUGGAGGAGAUCAGAGCCAAGUACUUCAGAGAGCUUCGCAAGUUCAUAUCAAUUCCCCUGCACUUCAGAGGAGUGACUGAGGCAGCCUCUCCAGCCCAGACCAUAUUCCCACGAAUGGUACUCCGAAACUCCUCAGGCCUCUCCACUGUCUACCACAAGGCAGAGCAGUUGUUCCAUCGACUGGGGCAGGCCAGGGAGAUGUUCAGAGAGUGGGUGACGUUGGGUUGUGUGGAUAUCCCAGCCCUGGUAGAGGCCCACUGCUCCACUGUGGCUGACUGGGAGAUGAACAUCAGGGCUCUCAAGACCAAGGGCAGAGAGGCCGAGAAACUGCCCAAUACCAUUCGUAUAGACUGCAUCACGGUGUCCUCUCUGCCGGUGAAGUCAUCCAUUGAUGACCAGAUCCAGCAACUGUUUGAUGCUCUUCUCAACUCACUUCGCCACUCCAUCUCCCAGCACCUCCAGGCAAUUGAUGUGUUCCUGGGUGAAGCGAGGGACUCUCUGUCAAUCAGACCUCAAACAGUGGAGGAGAUUGGACAAGUCAACAUCAGACAUGCCGAACUGGCCAAAAAGAAGCCUGAGAUAGAGCCCCAGUUUGCAGUGGCCGAGCAGAAGAACAAGCUGCUCCGUUCGGUGGCCGGAGGUGGCAUGGACGAGCUGCCAGAGCUAAGGACUCAGUGGGACAAGUUUGAGAUCAUGAUGGAGAGUCACCAGAUGAUGAUCAGGGAUCAGAUGCAAGUGAUGUGUUCUCGAGUGGAGGGGGAGGUGCACACCUUUGUUCAGGAGGUGGAGAAGUUCUCGGCCCGCUGGGAACAGCUGAAGCCCAAGGCAGACUUCCUGGAUGGCGACAGAGCAACAUACACUUCUGCUCUAGCCUCACUCAAAGACAGGCGGAAUGAAUUUGACGAACUACUUAAAACUGCCGACAAACUAAAACUUGAGUGUGAGCAUUUCAGUCUGCCAGCCCCCGACCUGUCACUGCUGGAGGCAGUAGAGACAGACAUGUCGGAGCAGGAGGAGACGUGGGCUCUGUACGAGGAGUUCUCCUCGGCUCUGGACGGUCUCUGUGGGGAGGACUGGAUCUCCUUCAGGGGUCGGUCGUACCAGUUUGAAGAGUUCCUGAUGACCUGGGGAGAGAAGCUGAGGGCAGGGGGCAAGAUGACGACUGUCACUGCCGGCCUCCAGCGAGACGUCGACAAAUACCAGGCCAUGCUGCCUCUGUUGAAGUACGUGAAGGGAGAGGUUCUCUCUCAGGAGCACUGGCACGAGAUGUUCCUCAUGUUGGGAUUCCCGAGAGGAACGACACUGGAGAAACUAUCGUUUGGAGACGUUCUCUCACACGCGGAGGAGAUUGUGGCAAAUGCCGACAAACUGAAGGAGCUAUACAGUCGAGCACAGGGAGAGGUGUCGAUUCGAGAGGCUCUGAGGGAGCUGGAUAUAUGGGGAGCAAGCUGCACUUUCUCCCUGACUCCAUACACAGACUCAGGCUCCAAGGAAAUGAACAUCAUCAGAGAUUGGAAGGAAUUGGUGAACCAGGUGGGAGACCACCAGUGUCUGCUCCAGUCACUCAAGGACUCUCCCUACUUCUCUGGGUUUGCUGACAAGGCAGCUCUGUGGGAGGGGAGGCUGGCAGAGCUGGACCACCACCUCACGCACCUCAACCAGAUCCAGAGAAGAUGGGUCUACCUCGAGCCAAUCUUUGGACACGGAGCUCUGCCCAGGGAGCAGGCCAGGUUCAAGAGAGUUGACGCCGACUUCAGGGCAAUAAUGGGUGAUAUAGACAAGGACAGUCGAGUCCUGUCUCUGGGCAGUAGACCUGGUCUCAGGCAGACACUGGUGACACUGCUGGACCAACUGAGCCGUUGCCAGAAGGCUCUCAAUGAGUUCCUCGAGGAGAAGAGAGCUGUCUUUCCGAGAUUCUAUUUCCUGGGAGACGACGAUCUACUGGAGAUACUGGGUCAGGCCACCAAACCUCGAGUCAUCCAGGCACACCUGAAGAAGCUGUUUGCAGGGAUCCACAGUGUGAGGUUUGGGGAGGAGGAGACGGAGAUUGUGGCCAUGAGGUCUCUGGAGGGAGAAGAGGUCCCUCUCUCUGCAACUGUACCCAUCACUCCCGAUGUUGAGGUUUGGCUGAGUGAUCUAGCGCAACAGAUGCAGUCCACACUCACACAACUGCUGGUGGAGUGUGUGAAUGAGGGACGGGGGGAGGGAGGAGGGGGAAUAAUCGACCCCCGGCGCUACCCACAGCAGAUCCUGUGUCUGGCUGAGCAGGUGCUCUUCACGGAGAGGUGUGAGGCAGCGAUUGCUGAGGGGAGGCUGGCUGAGUUACUAAUUGAGCUGGAGACCCAAUUGGACAGCUACACCAACGCCGAUAUCAGUUCUGAUUCAACCCAACAUGUGCUGGAGCUGAAACUGAAAGCUCUGAUACUGGACACCAUCCACAACAUCGACAUCACUCGUCUGCUGAUUGGGGCGGGGCCUGAUCUCAGAGACCACACCCACUGGCUCUGGCAGAAACAGCUCAGAAACUACCUCAAAGAUGGCCGUGCUGUGCUGCGUAUGGUAGACGCAGAGUUUGACUACACGUAUGAGUACCAGGGAAAUGCCGGCAAACUGGUCCACACUCCACUCACUGACAAAUGCUACCUCACUCUCACACAAGCCAUGCACAUGGGUCUGGGGGGU